AUGGCUCUUCCCAUCGAGGAUGCAGAGUCUUUAAGAGCUUUGACAAAGAAGUAUGGUAUUCCCAGUAAUCUAGGUGACUCUGAGGAGAUAGACUUUAUUGUUUUAAAGAACUACUUGGAUGCUCAGUACCAUGGUGAGAUUGGCAUCAGUACUCUCCCUCAAAAUUACUCUGUAAUUGUUGACACCAGUAGCUCUAAUCUGUGGGUGCCAUCAUCUAAGUGCUAUCUCUCGGUGCCAUGUUAUUUCCAUAUUAUGUACAAACUAAGCGAUUUGAGUACCUACAAUAAAAAUGGGACAUCGGUUGCAAUCCAAUAUGGUAGUGGAUCAAUUUCUGGUUUCUUUAGCUAUGACAAAGUCAAAGUUGGUAAUCGAGUUGUGAAGGAUCAGAAAUUUAUGAAGGCAACUAGAGAGCCUGGUGAUGUUGGUGCUUACAGUUUAGGGAAAAGAGAAGGGAAUAUUCCAAAAGAGGCUCUGAGAAAUCCUACGGUGAUCUCAGAGGAGGUUGGUAAUAAUGUGGGUUAUGUAGCUGGAAUGGGAUUCGGUCUGUUGGCUUUAAUGGUGUUUGAAGUAAACGAGUCUGAUUUUUAUUUAUGGAUAGCAAUCAUUCCUAUUGCUCUUAUUCUUCUGGCGGGCACAAAGCUACAGCAUGUUAAUGCAACAUUGGCAUUAGAGGGUAUAACUAGAUUCUUCACAUGA